AUGGGUUAUAUCCGUGAUCUAGUUCUAAAUUUUCUGCACAACUAUUUGCCUCUGAAUACUAUCUUAUUUAUUCGUGCAAUUUUUGGCCAUUAUUUCAGCUAUACCUCUAAAACGUUAUACUUGACUACCCUAAAAAUAUAUUGCAGUGUUCUAUCCUUCAUUGUUCCAUUGAUAUUACAUUAUAUUGGAAACUCGAAUUAUGGUGCUCUUUGGAUAUUACUUUUUGAGUAUUUCAUCAGUAUUUGGAUAACUCUCAUAGUUGAAAACGAUUGUUUUAUAAAAUAUAUGACUUGUAUCCAACGUGCAGAUCCAACCCUCGAACUCCCUUCGAAGUUAGAAAGCUUCCGGCUAUACAUCAAUUGGAAGGUUUAUCAAUGCGAUAUAAUAUCCGCAUGGGUGAUAGUUUCUAUUCCGGCAGUCUUGAUAGAACUGAUCCACAUGGAAGUUGAUCAUAUUUCAUUGAUACUAAGAAUCCAGUAUUCCAAAUGUAACGAUCUAAAUGCACGAGCCGCCAUUUCAAAAGGCAUUCGUUUCCUAAAGCUGCGGCCGUUCAAGUUCCACAUCUGGCGCGUCAUACCGAUCGACAGUUCGCUGCCGAUCAACUUCAUCACUCUUGUAUUCACUUACAGUAUAUUAAUUUUACAGGUGAACAAAAUCCUUUAA